UGCAAAGAUCCCCUCUCAGCCAAAGUGCUGAUCGCAUCUUGUGGAAGACGGGUUCCGAAAAUAGGAUCUCGCCGCCAAAUAUACGGCAGAGACAGGCGGCAUAGUACGCAUCGGAAGCACAGCAUCGCGGCAAAAGCUACGUCAGUAGAGGUGGAUGCUUCGUAAUAAUGGAUGCGAAAAGUCGCAUAAAACGACCUCAUCAAAUAAGGCUGAUCACAGCAGGAAAUGCAGAAGUUGGGAAGACGAGCAUCAUAAAGAGACUCUGCGAAAAAAGAUUCAACCCAAAAUAUCAAGCAACAAUCGGACUCGAUUUUGGAGUACUGAGGUUCAACGCUGGAACAGAAGUGCGAGCCAAUAUAUUUGAUCUAUCAGGACUUCCCGUAUUUAAAAUGGUUCGCAUGGAAUUUUACACAAGCAUCGAUGCUGUGAUACUCAUCUAUGACCUAAGCAAUCCUUCCAGCUUUGAGAUGCUGGACUCAUGGCUGGCUGAAAUGGCGCAAGGAAUGGACAACACAUCUGUUGUAUGUAUUGUGUGCGCUAACAAGUGCGACAAGAAGCAAUUGAUAAACAGACAGGAAGCACAGGCAUGGGUGGAAAUGCACAAAUUUUCACACUUUGUGGUAUCGGCGCAGACCGGUGAAGGCAUAACGGAGAUGUUUCAGAAUCUCAUAAUGCAAGUGCUUGACGUCCACAACAAUGGGCGCCACCCCGUUGCACUGUGGUCUUCCUGCAAUUACAGCAAAGAGGAGCUCCAAGCAGUGCACCAGGUCAGAUGGUCCAAGACAGAGUAUGAGAAGCUCGGAAUUGAACCUGGAGCCACAAGGGAAGACAUCAAUCGUACCUACAGACGUUUAGCAGUACUACUGCAUCCGGACAAAAGCACAGCACCAGGAUGUGAAGAAGCAUUUAAACUGCUAGCAUCAGCACGAUCAGUCUUGCUGAAACGAGCAGCACAUUGACCAGUGCGAUUCAUUCACACAAAAUCAGUUCCCUCAUAAACUCAGCUAUUUAUUUGUCAGCAACAUGAACAUAUACAUAAAUGUUUCACAACGUGAUAGUUCUUUAUUUUAUGUGUGUGCUUGCUGGAAACACUGGUAGCACCCAGUACAAUUCAAAAGUAAAACGACAUGUUUUGGAGAGGUCUCAAUUAUUUAAAAAAUACAUACUAUUUAUAUGUGCAAGAUAUGUGCGUAACAUUUAUGCACAUCAUGGGUGGUUGCUAGUCUGGGACCUACCAAAGUAGUGGGGGGGGUCAUGAAAACCCAGCUCAGAUUUUGCUCUUAGCAAUUUUCUCAUUCUCCUGUACAUUUACGUGCAUGACUGAAAACUCUUGUAGGAUACACACA